AUGGCUUCUAAAUUCAUAAACAUUUUAAGGGUAUUUAGAUACCUUAACCCGCCUAAUGGCCUUUCAACACACGCCGUAAGGUUCAUAAAUUCUUCCAGCUCCCAAUGGAACAAUUAUGAGCGCAACUCUGUCGUAUUUCUAAAAGCCAGAGAUUUUCGUGAACGGAUCGCAAUCGUUGACUCAAAUGGACAACACUCUUACGACCGCCUUUUACAGCUGAGUAAAAGCAUUGGCGAUGGCUUAAUGAAGAAAACGAGGAGGAGAGAUCUUAAUGGAUGCUGUGUGGCCUUUCUUUGUCCAAACGAUGUUUCAUACGUUGCUACUCAAUGGGCUAUAUGGCGAAAUGGUGGUAUUGCAGUUCCACUGUGUAAUUCUCACCCUACAAGCAUGUACGAGUACACGAUUGAAGAUUGCAACGCAAAUAUUUUGAUAUGUGCUGAUAAAUAUGCCACGAAACUGGAACCAAUGGUCAGGAAAAAUGUAGUAGAAAUGAUGUUUUUGGGAGAUAUCAACGAAAACAAUCAUAAGAAAGGGGUGUCUUGUGAUAAGCUUACAGAAAUUGAACAACAGGAGAACAGCUGGGAUGAACGAGAUGCCAUGAUUCUCUACACAAGUGGAACAACAGGCAGACCCAAAGGAGUUCUAUCAACCCAUGGAAACUUAAGGUUUACUGACUGUUAUAUUUAGGGAGGGGAGGGAGAGGACAAGGGAUGAAGCAAAGGAGGGAUAGGUACAGAGAAAUAUCCUGGGAGUAAUAUUGUCUGGGAACAUCUCAGCUUUAUUAAGCUGGCUUGUAUAUGGUUGAGCUCUGGCUUAUAACCUGUCGUCUGCUGCUGUUUCACUACCUGGGACCUUACUCUUGUAGUAAAGCAUUCAGCAGAGAGUCAAGGUACCCAUGUUGUGUUAGCACUAUGUAAUAAACGAGGAAUGUGUCUUUGUGACAAAACCUGGCUAUCUGACUUGCAGAACCUGUUCUUGGCCAUGAAGAAGCUUUUUUCUCUCCCUAAAACUUACAGAUCCAACAUUUCUGUCAGGAGGAAUGUCAACAGGACACUUUGUGAGAGACAAUGGCCAUUUAAGUAAAUAAACAAAUUAAUCCCUGUACUAAAUAGAGAAUAUUACACGGUGGCGAGAAGAUAUGAAUUUUAUGUUCGAGUGGCAAGAACAAUAUCUCACGAGUGAGCGCAGCGAAUGAAUGAGAUAUUGCUCUUGCCACGAGAACAUAAAAUUCAUAUCUUCGAGCUAAUGUGUAAUAUUCUUUUUAUUAUAUAAACAUACUGAUGACGGCAUUUUUGAUGAUUUUCCGAAGAUUUCCGAAGAUUUUUCAAAUUGUCCCGAAGACCAGACGAACGUUCCCGAACAUUUUCCGAGAAUUUCCGAAAAUUUCUGAAGAUGUCCGAAGAUUGCCGAGCACUUUCGAGGAAGACCCAAAGAUGUUUCAAUGAUACACCAACGAAUUUAAGUACAAUUUAAGAGACAAACCUGAUGUCAGUGAAAUUAUCGAUAUCUUCACACGUAAAAAUAUCGUAUUUUUACGUGUGUUCAGAUACCACAUUUCUCGGUGGUAGAAAUCCUUGUAAAACACUGCAGUUUAUAUAAUAAUUAUUUUUUUCUACUUUGUUCAGGUCUCAAAUCAGUGCCCUAGUAAAGUCAUGGGAAUGGAGUAAAGAUGAUUAUAUCAUUCACUGUCUCACCCUUCAUCAUAUCCAUGGAAUAGUCAACGUGUUGCUCUGUCCCCUGUGGGUAGGAGCAACUUGUCACAUGCUUCCAAAAUUCCAAGCAGACAAGGUAAAUAAUAUUCAUUGUUUUCUGAAUAUGACAACUGAGUUUACCAUUAAUUUUUUCUCGUGGUAGUCACUUAGAUCAGCUGAGAGGGAGCUCUCAGGUUCAAACCCCAUCCCUAGUAUCAGCAUAUAUAUUCUCCAUAGUGCUCUUGUUACAUGUCCAAUGGUACUAUUGAGGAGAAUUUGUUUAACAAUCAAGGGAAUUUUUUUGUCUCCUUUGCAGCCAUUUUUAGGGUUGUCACACGACGCUCCUCAAGGACCGUUGCAUAACGACCCUAAAAAUGGCCGCAAAGGAGACUAGACAUGUUUCACUUGUUGAUCAUUUUCUUUUUUCUUACAACCUUUUUGCUUGAAUGAGCAGUGUUGCUGUAAGGAGAUAUUAAACAUUUGUCACUCUUAGGGGUUAAAGGGUUAAACUGUUAAAAUGAUGCUCCCCAUGUUCAGGGUGGCCUUGUCUCCUCCAUCCCUCCUUAUCACAUAGAAGGGGAGAUUAAAGUCACUCUGCUAUUCCAAAAAAAAUUUAGGGGUAUGUUAACACUAGUGGAAUGGCCAGUCUUCUCAUGAUUUUGUUAGGGAAAGGACUUUCAGACCCACUAUAAUGGCACAAACUGUUCUCGUAAUCUGUGCCUUGUCUAGUAUUCUAAUUAAAUAAAUUAUCAUCCUAAGGUCAUUGAGGUCAUUUUAUGUUUAGGUGUGGGAUGUUCUUUUGGCAGAAAAGCUUAGUCCAACUUUAUUUAUGGCAGUUCCAACAAUUUACAGCAAGCUAAUUCAACAUCAUCAAGAGUCUCAAGUUACUGAUCAGGAAAAAGAAAGAAUAAAAUAUAAGUGUGAACAACUCAGGUAAGUACUUCCCUCAUUACUGUAGCAUCAAACCACAAAUUCUCCACACUGUUCUCCAUAAGGAGAACUCAAUUGGAAGUGAAGAUUUUUGUAUUUGAUAUCGGCCACUUACCCUUCUCCCAGUUGGAGUCUAUUUCAUGGCAACUUUUAGUAUCCUGUCACAAAAAUCAGAAAUAAAUUACACCUUUUCAUUCUUUUAAUUUUUUUCCUGUUUCUUUCUUUCAUCUUUAAGAUUAAUGGUGUCUGGUUCAGCAGCGCUCCCAGAGCCUAUUAUGAAAACAUGGCAAGAAAUAACAGGUUGGGAUCAAAUUAAGUUGCACUGUACAGUAUUUAAAUCUUGACUAUAACAGUACAUUGCCUUAAGUGCAUUACUUUCCAUACCAACAAUGGAAUUCAAAAUGGUCUUUAUUCCAUGGUGGUAUGUAAAUAAUAAUAGUAAUAAUAAGAAGAAGAAGAAGAACAAUAAGAACAAUUAUAGUGACGAUGAUAAUUAUAGUAAUGUUCUUUGUUUAUCCUUGGCAUAUUUAUAUAUGCUAGUGGGGCUGAGCAAAUUUCUGGAACAAAUAAUUCAAAUCAAACUUAACAGUUUAUCCUUGGCAUAUUUAUAUAUGCUAGUGGGGCUGAGCAAAUUUCUGGAACAAAUAAUUCAAAUCAAACUUAACGGGGUUAAGAAUCCCAACUGGCUGGAGGCAAACCAGCUGGCUAUUUAUAAACAUGGCCGAGGAUUUGAACUCGGGACUACUGUGAACAAAUCCAGUUAGCGGUCAGGGUGAGACUCGAACUCGAGGCCUCCGAAUUACAAGUCCAAUGCUCUAACUGCUCAGCCACUCUGUGUUACAGGUCAAAAUUAAAUUCAGGUUAAAUUUUUAUUAUUAUUAGGUUUAUUAUUAGGUUUAUUCUCAAUUUCCUUUGUCUCCUAGCCCUAAUGUCCCUAACUAUUCAUGAAUUAGGGCUAGGAGACAAAAGGAAGUAGAGAAUCAACCUAGCUUACAAAAUUGUAACCUCAAUUAAAUUUUGACCUGUAACAUAUGCACCCUGUUCCAAUUUGUGGCAAAAUUGCUUAUUCCUUAGCCACAUGAUUAUGUUUUUAAGCAAAUGAUUUUUAUGUAAAUGUUGUAGUUAAUUUUUUAUAUCAGGUAAUUUUUAUUUUUCUUGUAUUUUUGGGUAUGAUAAUGUAUGCUAAUGAAGUUGAAACAAAAGAAAAAAUAAAAUUUACCUGAGAUAAAAAAUUAACUACAACAUAAAUGUCAGGUUUUAAGUUCUGUUGUUCAGAAAAUUAGUGCAGUCUUAAUAUGUAAAGGGUAAGCCAUUACUUAAUUUUUUUUCUUCAAUUUUAGGGCAUACUUUAUUGGAAAGAUAUGGAAUGACUGAGAUAGGCAUGGCAUUAUCCAAUCCCCUCCUUGGACCAAGAUUGCCAGUACGUCUCAUUUGUUCGAGAUCUCACCUUGAGCUUUCAUCAAACCUAGAAACCUGUUAUUGAGACUUCCUGCAAUUCAAGCAAGUAAAAAGAGGAGCUGAGAAAAAAAACCUAAAAGCAAUUCAGUCUCCAGAGCCUUACAAAACUUUAACCUUUACAUCUCGUCCCUCAGACUUCUACACAGGUCUUUUCUGUUGUAGUGAAAUUCUUAGCUAAGAGGAACUUUGAUUGAUAACCCAGUGAAUGACCACAUAGGAGACUGGGAAUGCCCUUCUGUCCCAUGUGUGAUUGAAGCUUCGUCCGAUGAUGAUGUGAAUGAUGAUGCUAAUGAUGGUGAUGUUGAUGAUGAUGAUGAUGAUAAGGAUGAUGAGAAGUAGAUUAUGAGGACGAGACUGGUUCUUUUUUAUUUCUAUUUUGACAAACAAGUAAGACCCAAAUUAUAACCAGACAACUGAUUGUUUUUCCAGGGUUGUGUAGGAAAACCUCUGCCUGGGACAGAAGUUCGGAUUAUGGAUGAAAGAAAACAGGUAGGGAUUCAAAUUUUGAUUCAUUUCUCUUGCGAGUAAUUAUCGCUAGUAUUUUAGAUGUUCUUAGCAAUCUCUGGGUUAACUUUGUAGGUGCAGGUGUGAUAGUGUUCAAAUGAUGGUUACCAAACUAAACCACCCACUUAGCAAUGGUAGUAAGCUAUUUUAUAUAUUUAUUUAGUUAUGUUUUGUCAACUAAGGGAAUUAAUAAUGAACACCUGAUGAGGUUUUCCCUUCAUCUUUUAUCAGGUUGUGGUUGAAGGAAAUGAGAAUGAUUCUCAUGUGUCUUCGGACAAUGAAGGAAAGCAGGGAGAACUACAAGUACGUGGCCCAUCAGUGUUUAAAUGGUGAGUGCACAGCUGUAAAAAAAAUAACAGCCCUUUGAAAACGAUAAUGAGAUCUUACACUUUGUAUUCUAACUUGAUCAUCACAUGUGAAAAUUUGACAUAGUGAAUUUGAGUAUUCUAUUCACUAGCUACUGGAAUAAACCCAAAGAAACGCAAGAGUCAUUUACAACAGAUGGCUGGUUUAAAACAGGAGACACUGCCGGUAAAUAUGAUUUAGUUAUUUUGUAUACUUGAUUUUGAUGUUAUUUCUGCAUGUGCAGUUAAUCAGAGCACAGGAACUACAUGAGGCACAACUUUGCAAAGGAUACCAAUCAUUUCACUUUAUCUUUAUAAGCUGUUAUUAUUCAAUAAGUAUCUUACCAAUAUUAUCUUAUUAUUUAAUAAAAUAUCUUACUUUUCCUUUCAAGUCUAUGAAGAUGGUGUUUACCGCAUACUGGGUAGGACAUCAGUUGAUAUUAUCAAGAGUGGAGGCUAUAAAAUCAGGUAAGAGACAUCACAAAAACUGUUCUUUACAGAUAAGCACCUUAACUUCCUUUCAUAACUGUGUAUUUUAUCAACAAAUUUUCAUUUUUUUCAAGUGCCCUUGAUGUUGAGCGCCAUCUUUUGUCACAUGAUGACAUCAUAGACUGUGCUGUAGUGGGCAAACCAGAUCCUGUGUGGGGUGAGGUGGUGGCAGCAGUGGUCACACUCCACCGUGGCAAGGUAUGUUGGUCUGUGUUAAUAUCUCCAUCAAAUUGUUGUCUUUUGCUGACCUUGAUUAUGUCAUGAAACAGUUUGACCUAAUUUAGUCUGUUACAUCAUUGUCAUCAAAAUACAAUUAUUAAACAAUGCUUUAUGGACACCCACUUAAUACAGACACUGUAUUACAGUCAAACACUGCUUUAGACACCCACUCAUUAUGGACACCUCAUUAUUACAGACAGUUUACUUUGUCCCUGGGGAGGAAAGAAGCCUCUUACAUAUUCUUUAAAUACAACCCACUUAAUACAGACACCCCAUUAAUAUGGACACUUCCUAUGGCCCGCUCAGUGUCUGUAUUAACAGCAUUUGACUGUAAUAAAAUACUUGAAGUUUGACAAGCCUUUGGAUCCUAAUUGGCAAGAAUACCAUUCACAGACUAGGCAAGAUAGAAAUGAUGGUAUUUUAAUUAUCUUUAUUUUGUACAGGACAUGUGUGUGCCGACCCUGGCAUGUCAAACUAAUUUAAUGCUUUUAUCUCAUUUGUCUGUUGCACAGGAAAUGAACCUAUCAGACCUAAAACAAUGGGCCAGCGGACGUAUGAUUCCGUACCAGAUUCCCACAGUUCUUCUUGUGGUAGAGGAGCUACCAAGAAAUGCAAUGGGCAAAGUUAACAAGAAAGAACUGUUUUCUAUGUACUUUGGUGAGAAAUAGUCAAAUUAAUGCACUGUAGAUGGCCGUUAAAAAUAUUAACAAUGCCAGACUUGGCUGCACAGUUCAGUGGAGUAGUACAUUUCUACCACAUUGUAAAAAGAUGUUUGUGUGCUUGGGUAUGCUCUGCAUUCCUUCACCCCAGCUGGUGGGGUCAAGAGUCGGUAUCAAGAGUUCUUUGGGAUGUCUGCGAAAGCUAACUGGCAGCUGGUUGUGUCAAAUAAAGAGUGCCUGUAGGUGGUGCUUUCAGGUGCUAUCAGUUUACCAUAGAGUUACCUUUUUAUAUCUGACAGAAGU